AUGGCUAAAUUAGAACGGCUAAUAUUGUUAACAUCAUUCACAGCAAUAAAACGAAGACUACAAGCACUCAUUUGCAGCUCGACUAAAGAAGGAAGUUUGUUGAUCACCUGUUGUGCCCAGUUGGUUGCUCUGCUGAGGUUCACACCAUUCAUGUUGAGGUGCUGUAGUUGGGAAAGUCCCGAAAUCCAUUCCAGACUAUCACAGUCUAACAGUGUACUCGAGGCCUGUGAGCAAGCCAACGAAAGAAGGGAUUUCUUCCUCAAAGUUGUUUUGGCUCAGGUCAAGAUAUUUCAAAUGCUUCAAGUUGAGCAAAGAUGGGGCAAGAGAUUGAAUAGAGUGGUCUCAAGGAAAAGAAAAGGAAGACCGAAAAAACAUUAUUUCCUCACCGUGGGCCCCGCAUCGACACAGUCCCUCGUGACAUUUGCCAGCUGUACGGCCACAUUUUGUUUUCCUAGAAAGCAAAUCAACACGAUUUCACGCGAAAAAAGCUGCCGAACUUUGUCAAAUGCUCAUAAAAGUACUUUGAUCGUGGAAGAAAGAUGGUUUAGAGACAAUGGGAUCACGCAUUUGAGUGCUGCUGAGUCUUUGAAGCUAAAUGUUGAUCCAUACACUGAAAAUAGCUGGACCUUUCUCGUCCUGGAUGACACAUAUCAUGAUCUAAACUAUGCGACUCAAGUAUAUGAAGGUGGUCAUGUAACAGAUAACGAGAAUAACCGUUUAGUAGUUAGCGAGAGUAACCAUUUAGUAGUAGUCGUUGGGUCGGGAUGUUUGAGAGGGGUUGAGUACUGGCUCUAUAUAAAUAAUUGGAGAUCACGGUGGGACGCAAUGGGAGGGGCAUGA